AUGCGCUUGCGUCAUUUAGCGUGCUACCGGAGAAGUCAUCUGGCAUCGACACUGUUGGGAUUUGUGUUGCUAGGUGCAAUCCUAGGGUAUCUUCAACUACACACCCGUAACUUAGUCACUAAAGACACCUCAGGAAACAACAAAGAACAUUUAUCAAUCUUCAAAAAAGACCUUUACACGUUUUUGUUCACGAAUGAAAGCCAUUCUAAAAUAAACUAUUCCAUUCUAAACGUAACUAAUGUGAGUUCAGAACAAAACAUUACGUCAUUUCCGGCAACGCAAAAUUUGAAGCCGUAUGAGUGGUGCUCUGAUGAAUCGUCUCAAUUUCAUUACAACAGUACAUAUGCAGAGGAUAUAAUGAAAUACAAUAUAAGUUUCAUACCGGAAGGUUACAAAAACCCUUGUUUCUAUGACGUUUGUAAAACAGUAGGGUCCGUUUCUGUACGUGCAUUGCGAUGUCUUCCAUACUUCCACCUGAUUGGAGUGGAUAAGAGUGGAUCAACCGACCUAUUUGCUAGGAUUACGCAGCACCCACAGGUCCUACCAAACCUCGGAGUCCUUGAAAAAGAAACAUCUUGGUGGCCUUGGACACGUUAUGGUCACGGACUGAAAAAACAAGUCAGAAAAGAGUCGUUUGACAAAUAUUUGGGUUAUUUCGACAAUGCAGCUGGACAGAUAGAACGAACAAUUCAGUUAAACAAAAAAGGUUCAAAUGCGAACAACCAUGAUUUCCACCUCCUUAUUACAGGAGAUGGAACACCUAUGGACUUCUGGGACUUUUCUGGUUGGCCCAAGAUCCCGCAAAAUAGAAACCAAAACAUACCGAAAAUACUCACCCCUCAUCUGCUGAAACACGUGAAUCCCAAUGUAAAGCUGAUUCUUGUUCUAAGAGAUCCGACAGAAAGGUUAUAUUCCGACUACCUGUUUCUAAAGAGUGGAGUUCAGACUCCAAAGGGCUUUGGUGCUGCUGUGCUACAGUCACUUCAAUAUUUCAAGAAUUGCACAGAACGCUAUAGUGUUCGCAAGUGUUUGUUUGACCGCAAGCUUCAUACACGUGUCAAAGCACGGAUUCAUGUCAGUAUAUACAGUGUAUUCCUCAAGGAGUGGCUUAAGGUUUUCCCAAGGAAACAGAUAUUGAUCAUUCGGUCGGAGGAUUACUCACAAAAUAUAUCGUCACAUCUGAAAAACAUAUUUAAUUUUCUUGGUGUCACGGAGCUGGCGGAGAAAGACAUCACUAAAAUUGCGACGAGAUCACGGGCUUAUCAAACACCAACUAAGAAAAAAAUCGGACCUAUGUUAAAUAGCACAAGACAUCGCCUAGACAUAUUCUUCCAACCGUUCAAUGAGGAAUUAGUUGAAAUAUUGAGAGAUGAAAAAUAUCUUUGGUUAGAUACCAAAGAAAAAAUAAAGCAGAAUUUGAAGAAACAAGAAAAGAGAAGACUGGAAAAUCUCAAAAAUCAAAUAAAUGUAAAUGCUUCAAGAACUAUCUCUUUAACUAAGGAACAAAAGUUGGUAUUAAAGCCGUUUAUGGAUGCAGAUGAUAGAAAUAGUAACACAGAAUGA